ACAGAGAAGUUAGCAAAUCAUGUGUAACUCGUAUGGAGUUUUAGGACAAAGUUAAGAAAUCAUAUCAAAAUCACAAACUUUUAGCAGUUAAAGUUAACGAAUCAUUUCAAACUCAUGUUCCUUUGUUUUCUAAGUUAAUGGCACAUGCCAGAAUCACAAGAAAAUCAUAGCAGACCCAUAGCCAAGAAACAAACCACAUCAGGAUCAUACUUCCUUAUUUGUCAUCUAUGAUUUCUGUAUGAUCCAUUUAAUGGAUCAUGUCUAAAUCAAAGUUCAAAAUCAUGAAUUUGUGAGUUUGAUAUGAUUUUUAUGUGAUUUUGGCAUGAUUUGUUAAAAAAAGUUUUUGUUUGGGCAGGUGAAGAGAAUGUAGCAAUGGUGGGUGAAGACUGUUGCGGGACCAAUGCGUACAGUAUUGUAAAACAGUUUUGUUGUAACAAAACUGGCAAAUAUACCGUCAUCAACAAAACUUCCAGUCUUAAUAAAUCUUUAAAUGGUGAAUCUAAGUGUCCAGGCUAUCGAUUUGCCAUUAAAUGCGGCAAAACACAACUGAACGGUAAGAAGGAACCGUGUUGUAACAGUAGAGUAUCUAAGAAUGACCACUUAAAUGGUCAGACUGUCUGUUCUCAGCUGGAAGAGAAUACAUCACGCAAUCAAACUAUGACUGAAAGAAGGAAAACCAGAAAUCGAGUUCGACAUGGAAUCUGUCGCAUAUGCAGUCUAAAUACCAACUCAUUAUUGAGUCUCAUCAAGAAACAAAAGGUGUCAGUUUGCCGUAAAAAAGUAAUUCUGUUGGCUGUUGAUACAAGCAAUAGAAUCGGGAGAUACUGGAUGCUGAAUGUUACAGCUUCUUAUCCGAACUCUACAAGAGAAGGAUCAGCAGAAUUCAACCUGAAAGUACUGCUACCUUGUACUAAGUGCUCGAAACUCCAAUCGAAAGUCACAAAUUAUUUGUUACUAACUCAAAGUAGAGUAGUUCCUGGUAAACUACUGCGACUGGGAGACAGCGACUUUCUCUUUCCAAACAAAACAACCAAAACAGAUACGUAUCUUCGUAUUACAAAUCAGCAAGCUAAAUGUAAGGAUAAUCGAAAUGUAUUUGUCAACGCGCUCAAAAAGAGAAUGCGAAAGGGACUAAAAAAGUUUCUAAAAGAACUUUUUCAGUUCAAACUCCGAUAGGUGAUUAUUGCUUGAUAAUUUAAAGGUGUGUGUUUGAAGCCAAAGUGAAAAGUACUUAACGGUUUUAAAUGAAUGCAUGUCUUUAAUUGCUCUAAGCUCCAUGGAGUAUUUUCUUUUUGAUAAACUUUCAACUUCAAAUUAUUCCAAUUGAUUGGUCGUUUAUUUACGGAACAUCCCUUGAGAAGUUUUCACUCAUGCCUCACUGAACAUCCCUUGAGAAGUUUUUACUCAUGCUACGAAUUGAAAGUCCUCAAAUUCAGACCCUUACUAGUCACUUACACUAUACGGCCGUUGAGUUGUGAGGGAUCUUUUUCAUGCAAGCUCCUACUGCGACACGAGACUCUGGUUUAUACGUUCUCAUUUGAAGGACCGCUCUCUAUGUCUCAUACAUGUAGGAUUGGAAUCCGUAUCGUAAUCGUGAGGAUCGAUGCCUUACGCUAUGAACCUUGAACGAAACAAUCUAACCACUGCACAACUCAAAAUAUUGUGUAAAAUCAUAAAGUCGAACAUUUGUAAUACGAACAAGGGAUUUUGAAUAUCUGGAUGUCCUCUUUGUAAGUUAGUUGUAUUUCCCAUCAAUAAUUUAUAUUCUACAAUAAAAACUCGGAUAUGUCAACAUGUGGAAUUCUUGAAUUAUUCGAAAGGCACACAUUUUCUCUGGUCAUAUACAUUUCGUAGGCUAAUUUACUACAUGAUCCAGAUAAACAAUUCAACUCCUUUUUAAAAGUAUUUUGUGCCUGGGGUUUUGCGAAUCUUUAUUUGUUAUCAUUGGACAUAUAUACAGCCUUUUCUUUAUUUAUUCAUGUAUUUCUUUAUUUUAGCUAUGGAUCUCAUAUUAUUCUUUUAAAGAACUAAUUUGUUUUCGCAUCUCUGUGUAUUUUUUUAUUUAAUUGUA